AUGAGUGACAAAAAGGCAUCCUCAUCCCGAGGCCAUCGUCCUGCGAUACAGUUCAGUACCGCUGCUGGUACGCCGGAGACCAAGCGCAAGAUGCUCCUCUACCGCCGCCUCCUGUGCCGUGAACUGGCCCGCGACAACAAGAGCCCUGAGGAGAUCCUUCAGGCCCGAAGGCUGAGUCUGCGGCAACAGGACCAAGGACGAUUUCCAAAGCAAUAAGACCUUAUAAUUCCAAGCAGUAGAGUUUUACGUUUCUCGUUCGAUCCUCUUGUUUUUUAAAAAAUAAAUAGAAUAUUUGGCA